CAGCACUCCUUAUAUUUUUUUCUCGUCCUAUUUAUGAUGCUUUUUUUGCAAGCUACCCAGAAAUUGAAGAGUUAUCCAAAAAGAUAUCUUCCAGAAAAUGAUGGAAUCAGUUAAAAAGGCAAAAAGUAGAUUUAGAAAAUACCCUGCAUUAUUAGCUGCCUGCAAAAGUGAGGCUUCUGUUUAUGCAAAGUGUGUAGUGAAUAAAGACUUAAUCAAAGUUAAUAACUGUGCUGAAGAAUUUAAUUUAUUUAAAAAGUGUCUUCAGAAAUCUGCUGCUAGCAUGGGUACAAGAAUUUGAAAGAAGGAAGAAUUGGAC